AUGCCUCCUCGCCGCACAGCCUCAUCGAAACCGAGCAAGGCGGUGCCGACUAAAUCCAAGGGAAAGCCUGCGUGGUCGAUUGCAUUCGAGAAACCCGAACGACCUCUCAUCGCAGCGCUUCCACCAGCGCGUGCCCACUCGCCCUCAUAUCACUUUCCGCUUCUCAUCGAUAAUCAAAGCCAAUAUGAUGCACUCCUUGAUUGGUUCAAGACUGUGGAGGACUCAAGGACCAUGCCUUGGCGAAAGGCAUGGAUUGACCGAACGCAAACCUCCACAUCAGGAGACACCGAUCAGACCAUAAACAAAAGAGCUUACGAGGUGUGGGUCAGCGAAGUUAUGCUACAGCAGACUAGAGUGUCUACAGUCAUUCCGUAUUUCAACAAUUGGAUUUCAAAAUGGCCGACAGUACAGGAUCUUGCAAAAGCAGAACAUGAAGAUGUCCUGGCCGCCUGGAGGGGAUUGGGCUAUUACUCAAGAGCGACGCGACUGCACGAAGGGGCAAGAGCCGUCAUGGCGAAACCAUCGCAGUCAAUGCCUGACGACGUGUCUGGGCUACUAGGACUACCUGGUAUCGGCCAUUAUACUGCUGGCGCUAUAGCGAGCAUUGCAUUCGGGAGAGCAGAACCUGUUCUGGACGGCAAUGUAGCCAGAGUGCUAAGUCGACAGCUAGGACUGUACCUCGAUGCCAAAGACAAAAGGGCUACCGAUGUGCUUUGGAAGAUCGCGGAUCAGCUGAUCAAAGAAGUGUGCAAAUAUCCGGAAGUCAAAUUCAGUGCUGUGCCUGGACAUUGGAAUCAAGCAAUGAUGGAACUCGGCUCGACAAUCUGCACGCCGCGACCAAAGUGCGAAGAAUGUCCGAUCCAGGAGACAUGCCGAGCCUACGGUGAAGGGGUCGCGCUCUCGAAUGAUCGUCAGUCAACGACCGAGGUCCUGGAUAUCGAAGACGCUUGCACACUUUGUGAACAGCUUGGAAUCGGGGACCUGACAACAAUACCGGAAGAGGAUCCUUCCGAUGAGGAUGAGAAGCCUGCAAAGAAGAGAAAGGCGCCUACCAGACAGACUAACACGCUAUCAAACUACUUCGCAAUUAGUACACCUAGUGCGAGCUCCAACGUCGACACCGAAGAUGAGGAUGCUUCAGCUGGAUCCAAGAAGCGAAAGGUGCCUGGGGUUUCCAAACGGUCGAGAUCGGUGAAUAGCUACUGCUCACUCUUUCCGAAAAAGGUAGCGAAGAAGAAAGCGAAAGAAGAGGAAUGCGCAGUCUGUCUGGUGGAGUUCUAUUCGUCGGAUGGCGAGAGCAAGUGGCUUAUCGAGCAGAGACCAGCGACCGGUCUUCUAGCGUCACUCUGGCAGUUCCCACAGGCCACACUGUCGGCUGCAGACAUGACAGCUGCAUCUCGCAAAGCCUCGGCGCAGAAGUACCUCUCGAGCCUAAGUGUCAGCGGCGUGGACAUGACCAAAGCGCGCCAUAUCGCGAGCUUCGACCCAUUGGUUCACGUUUUCACCCAUCUGAGGCUCACCAUGCACGCCUAUCGUUACCGAAUUGCUGAUAAGGCAGAAGCUGACAGCCUCACAUGCACUGGCGCACCCGCCCGCAAAUGGGUCACCGCCAGCUCCAUGGAUAAUGAAACACUGUCGACUGGCAUGCGAAAGUGCUGGGAACUCAUCGCAAAGAAGGACUGA